AACCAGCCAGCCCCCUCCUUCUGCACGAACCAGCCACCUCUCCCUCUGCACCAAACCAGCUCCCUCUCCCCUUGGCACCGAAUCAACUUCCUCUCCCCAUCACCGGCAAUCAUGCACUCUACACCCCCCCGUACACCCGAGCCCCAGUUCUGGCAAUCAUACCCCCUGCACACCGUGCCCCUACACCUGCACUCCUGUGCUCCCUCUCUGCAACCACAUCAUACUCCUCCUACGCCCUCUGCUUCUGCAACCCUCUAUGCCCCUGCUGCUGCAUCGAGCCUGCACCCCCUUCGCUUGCUGCAUCGAGCCUGCACCCCCUUCGCUUGCUGCAUCGAGCCUGCACUCCUACGCCACUCCUGCACACCUCCUAUAACCCCUACUUGCUACAAAGCUGACUCCGCGCAUGAUGGCAGACCAGUGUUCUUGGCUGUUCUGCGAGGUCAAUUUGGGCCUCAUCUGAUCUACGGUGGAAAGAAAAAGGGCAGAUCGAAAGAUUAGGAAGAAGAGUUCUUUUUUUUUUUUUGUUUUUUGCUUUUGCUUGUGUGGGUAUAAAUAGAGGGUUUUAGAUUUGAAAUGGGGGUUCUUUUGGUUGAGUUUGAUGUUGCCAAUGGCGAAAAAAAAAGAGGGUUUUCUUUGGAGGCCACGGUAGAAGAAGGACGCACAUUUCUGGGUUUUUGCAUUAGGAGUACUAGGUGAGUCCCUUCCUUCUGUGUAAGUAGCUUUGUUUGUGGAUGAUAUAUUUGUUGAGUGCUUUAUAUGUUUUAUUUGCUUGUUUGCUUUAUCUGUUUAUUGUGGGAUAUAUGUUGCUAUUUUUGUGGUUGCCAUUGUGCAGGUUAUUGGGGUGUCAUGCCCCUUUGCACACACUCACCCUCAUUUUGCAUUAG